GGACCAUGGAGACCCAGAGGGCCAGCCUCGCCCUGGGGCGGUGGUCACUGGGGCUUCUGCUGCUGGGACUAGUGGUGCCCUCGGCCAGCGCCCAGACCCUCAGCUACAGGGAGGCCGUGCUUCGUGCUGUGGAUCGUCUCAAUGAGCGGUCCUCAGAAGCUAAUCUCUACCGCCUCCUGGAGCUGGACCUGCCCCCCAAGGCUGACGAGGACCCGGAGACCCCGAAGCCUGCGAGCUUCAUGGUGAAGGAGACCGUGUGCCCCAAGACGACCCAGCUGCCCCUGGAGCAGUGUGACUUCAAGGAGAAAGGGCUGGUGAAACAGUGUGUGGGGACAGUCAUCCUGGACCAGUCCAAGGACCAAUUUGACAUCAACUGUAAUGAGCUCCAGAGCGUCAGGAGAUUUGGCAGACCACCAUUCUACCGCCCUCCACCGUUCCAACGUCCACCAAUUAACCGCCCACCAAUUUUCUUCCCGCCACGGUUUCCUGGUAGACGGUGAAUGAUAUGCAAAUAAC